AUGUUCAACAAGCCGCGGUCUCAGCGCAGUUCUGCUGCACCAGAAGACGGCAUCUCUGGCUCGAAUAGACGCGCACGACGAAAAGAGAAGCAGAAAGACGCAGAGAAAGACACCAACGCCGAAGCGGGCCCCUCGCGCUCAAACGCGGACGCACUCCCCAAGCCAUCAUCAUCCUCCAGAACGUCUGACAAGACCGCAGAUGGCCCACCGCAUGCGAAACACGAUCGCAAUCGCUCCGCCACAACCGCGUUCGGCGAGGACGACUUCGUCCCCUUCGUGUUCCCCGACGAUCCAACAGAAGGUCACCUUUCUGAGCGUGAAAGCUCGCCUCCAGAGCGCGAGUGGGACCGAGGCAAAGCGAAGGGGAAGGGGAGGGGGAAGGAGCGGUCGCGGUCGCGGGACAGAGGGCGCGAGGACGGCGCGGGCGCGAGCAGAAAGCGCAAAGCUGUCGAAGUCAGCAACGACGAUGGGUACGCAAACAAGAAGGAGCGCGUCGCUGCCGCGUCACGACGAUCUCCCUGGGCGCGGCUUGUAAACUGGGAGAAGUGCGUGAACGUCGCAGAGAUGCUUCACGAGGAAGUGCGGGCGUUUGUGGAUUACAUGUCACCAACGCCGCAGGAGGACGAGCUCCGUUCGCUCACGGUCGCAAUCAUCGCCAGGGCGGUCAAGCAACAUUUUCCAGACGCGCAAGUCCUCCCUUUUGGCAGCUACGAGACGAAACUCUAUUUGCCGUUAGGAGACAUAGACUUGGUCAUCUAUGCAGAUUCGAUGGCCCGUUACGACAAGAACGCGUUGCUGCAUUCUCUAGCAAACAUCAUGAAGAAGAACGGCAUCACAGACCGAGUAACUAUCAUUGCGAAAGCUCGCGUACCUAUCGUCAAAUUUGUCACAAGGCAUGGGCAAUUCGCGGUCGAUAUCAGUGUCAACCAGGGGAACGGUGUCACCACGGGCAAAAUGAUCAAGCAAUUUCUGCAAGAACUUCCCGCUCUCCGCAGCCUCGUCCUAGUCAUCAAGAAUUUCCUCAGCCAGCGCAGCAUGAACGAGGUGUUCACGGGCGGCCUAGGCAGCUAUUCGAUCGUCUGUUUAGCCAUCAGCUUCUUGCAGAUGCAUCCUAAGAUCCGAAGAGGGGAGAUUGAUCCGUCACGGAACCUCGGAGUGCUCGUCAUGGAGUACUUCGAGCUCUACGGCUCCUACUUCAACUACCAAGAAGUCGGGAUCUCCCUGCGCGACGGCGGAUCGUACUAUAACAAGCGGGAGCGAGGCUGGUUCAAUGUGUCAGAGCCCAGGCUCUUAUCCAUCGAGGAUCCCGGCGACCCCACGAACGACAUCUCACGCGGGUCGUACAACUUCGCGCGGGUACGGACGACCUUCGCUGGGGCGCACAACAUCAUGACCGCAGCGGCGUUCACAAAGGCGAGCAUCGUUAGCGCACGGAGAGAGGGACGGAUGUUUCACUUGCGGCCAGCGAGCUCGGCGGACUCCGAAGAGACGAGCAUCUUAGGAAGUGUCAUAGGCGUGACACAAGAGACGAUCAACCAUCGAAAGGUGGUCCAGGAGGUAUACGACCGCCAGGUGUUACACCGGAUACUGGGCGUGACACCAAAGGUGCGGGUGACGCUGACGGAUGCAAUUAAACCAUCCGCGAAAACGAACUCGCGCACAGCAGAGGCACAGAGCGUCGAGUCGGCAUGGGGCGAGGCGGACAUGGAUGUCUCAUCAGACUCCGACUCGUCGUCGUUGUCGGACGAGGGGGAGGAAGAAGAGAGCCGAUACGAGAUAAAAAGCCGGAGACCGCCGAAGAAGCGUCGACGGACAGGAACACGGACGAACGACGCUCAGCCUGCGGUAUACACCACGGAUGACGACGACGAGGCGCGCUCGCCCGAGCUGCUUGUCUCGUAUCGGCGGGCGGGAGAUGCGGAUGGCGUUUCGGAUGAAGAAGAGGUGUACAAUAUCUCAAAUCUGGAUGCCGAGGGCAAGGGCGGCACACGGGCGGAAGCAGCUAACCGGCGGUCGUACUGGCUAUCGAAGGGGAUGGCAUCUGCUGAGAACGAAAAUGGGGAUGAUUGA